UGCCACCAUCGCCUGGCUCUAUUUUUAAAAUUAUAAAUUAAAUAAUAUAAAAUGUAGUCCUAUUCAUGUUUCCUGAGAUUUCUGUUUUCUGCUCAUUUUUAAUGUAUAUAUAAACAUUAGUGCAUAGGAACUUUGCUGGAGACAUUGACCCUCUUGUAGGCAGUAGGGUUUAUUCACAGUUUCUCAUUCACCUUGCAUUUUGUGUAAGUGGAAAGACCUCUUAGGUUACAAUUGAAAGGAAUCUCCUGUUUGGUAACUACUGACGUCUGCCCUGUGAAUCCCACAGGUUGAAAAUGGAAGCCCUGACCGAGCGAGAGCUCAUAGAGCCCGACAGCGAGGAUGAGUUCCCCCGUACUGGAGGGCGGCCUGCACAGGACGCUCAGGGUGAAGCCUCGCAGACUGCUGACCCAGAGCCCUGGUCUCUCCCCCUGAGUCAGAACAGCGGGAGUGACCUGCCUGCUAGCCAGCCGCAGCCCUUCUCCUCCAGAGUGGACAUGGAGGAAGAGGAGGAGGAGGAGGAGGACAUCAUAAUAGAGGACUAUGACAGUGAUGGGACUUAGAAAACACCUGUCAGUCAAAGUGCUCAGGACUACAGAAACUGGUACUUGAACAGCAUUAACACACUUCUGGUGCGUGGCAAGCCGUUUGCUGAUUGCUCAGUUGUCACAGAGUUCCUUCCCAGCCGGUGACUUGAGUCAUCCUGAAGUAAAGCAGGGCUCAAGUACCAAGUCUUUAGUAUUUAUUUAGUCUUGUGAAAGCUUUAGGGAGGAGCGGUCACAGUGUGAAGUGUGGUUUUCAGUGUCCUGCUUAAAUAUCAGAAAAUGUGAAGGAGUAAUCCAGAAUAUAGACUUUAUGGGGUGUUGUAAAUUGAUUUGUAAAACAAUUUAUGAGUAUAAAUAAACUUUGUGCCUUAUUUACAGUUUGCAUGUAGCUUCACAGAUACCGUUUGGUAUGUUGUACAGUGGAAUAUUUUAGAUACUUCUGGAAAAUAUUUACAUAAUUUAUAUAAAAAUUAAAAUAUUGGCUUUCA